AUGCCUCACCCUCCACAAAAUCUCUCCUUUUACAAUUUACUCAUUCAAUACACAGACCAAAAAUCUCUUAAAAAAGGCAAAAACCUUCACGCCCACAUCAUAAAAACCCCACAUUUAUGUUCCUGUAAUUACCUUGCCAAUAAUCUAAUAAAACUCUAUGCUAAAUGCGGCCAUUUAGAUAGAUCAAAGCUCGUAUUCGAAAACAUUAAAAACAAAAAUGUUGUUUCUUAUAAUUGUCUCAUUAAUGCGUUCUCUCAAAAUGGCUCAAAAGGUGCUACCUUUAUCUUGGAACUUUUUCGCCGAAUGAUAGCUAAUAAUAUAUUACCAGAUGCACACACUUUUCCUGGUGUUUUCACCGCUGCCGCAUUGAAUUUGGGCUGUAAUUUUGAUGCCAGACAAGCUCACGUGCUUGGUAUUAAAACCGCAAGUUUUAAAGACGUCUUUGUUGGGAGUUCACUCCUCAAUUUCUACUGUAAAGUGGGUCGCGUUUUCGAGGCUCGUAAAUUGUUUGAUAGAAUGCCUGAGAGGAAUUUGGUUUCUUGGACUACGAUGAUUUCUGGGUAUGCGAAUGAAUCGAUGGCUGAGGAAGCUUUGGGGAUUUUUGGAUUGAUGAGGUUAGAAGACGAGGAUUUGAAUGAGUAUGUCUUUACUAGUGUGCUUAGCGCCUUGGUGAAUCCUGAAUUUGUUGGUAGUGGAAAGCAGGUGCAUUGUGUUGUAGUUAAAAAUGGGGUGUUGGGAUUUGUUUCGGCACUAAAUGCGCUUGUUACUAUGUAUGCUAAAUGUGGAAUUUUAGAUGAUUCUCUUCAGCUAUUUGAGAUGUGCAGUGAUAAGAAUGCUAUAACGUGGUCCGCCUUGAUCACUGGUUAUGCUCAAGCUGGGGAUUCUCUUGAGGCCUUGAAGCUGUUCUCCAAGAUGCAUUACGCUGGGAUUGUACCUAGUGGAUUUACCCUUGUUGGGGUUCUUAAUGCUUGCAGUGGUAUUGCUGCCGUUGAAGAAGGAAAGCAAACGCAUGGCUAUUUAUUGAAGUUGGGAUAUGAGCCUCAAAUCUAUAUAGCGACAGCUGUGGUUGAUAUGUAUGCAAAGUGUGGUUUUACUGGAGAUGCUCGGAAAGGGUUUGAUUUUUUACAAGAACCUGAUCUUGUUCUUUGGACAUCCAUCAUAGCGGGGUAUGUACAAAAUGAGAAAAAUGAAGAGGCUCUAAGCAUGUAUGGUAGAAUGCAGAUGCAAGGAAUUUUGCCAAACGAGCUAACCAUGGCCAGUGUCUUGAAAGCAUGUUCUAGCCUCGCUGCUUUAGAACAAGGAAAGCAAAUGCAUGCCCGUACCAUUAAGUAUGGAUUAGGUCCAGAACUUUCAAUCGGAAGUGCUCUUUCAACUAUGUAUGCAAAAUGUGGGAGUCAAGAAGAGGGAUUCCUUGUUUUUAAGAGGAUGCCGCUUACAGACAUAAUCUCCUGGAAUGCAAUGAUAUCUGGAUUAUCCCAAAAUGGGCUUGGUAAGGAAGCUCUAGAACUCUUUGAGGUGAUGCUUCUAGAGGACACAAAGCCAAACCAUAUCACGUUUGUGAACGUGCUCUCUGCUUGUAGCCACAUGGGAUUGGUGGAGAGAGGUUGGGCAUAUUUCAAUAUGAUGUUUGAUGAAUUUGGUUUAGUUCCAAGAGUAGAGCAUUACGCCUGCAUGGUUGAUGUCCUGAGUCGUGCAGGGAAGCUCAAUGAAGCUAAGGAAUUUAUUGAAUCAGCUCCCAUAGAUCAUGGUAUGUGCUUAUGGCGCAUUUUACUGCCUGCCUGCCGGAACCACCAUAAUUAUGAAUUGGGAGCCUGUGCUGGUGAAAAAUUAAUGGAGCUGGGCUCACAAGAAUCAUCAGCUUACGUUUUAUUGUCGAGUAUUUAUACUGCCAUGGGCAGGUUACAAGAUGUGGUACGGGUCAGGAAGAUGAUGAAAGUUCGAGGAGUGAGAAAGGAACCUGGAUGUAGCUGGAUUGAGCUCAAGAGUCAUGUUCAUGUGUUUGUCGUGGGAGAUCAGAUACAUCCACAGAUUGGAGAGAUAAAAGGAGCAAUAUGGAGAUUAAGAAAACAUAUGAGGGAUGAAGGUUACAGACCUGGUCAUGAUUCAGCUUAUAUGUCUUUAUGA